UGCAAGAAGGCAGAGGAGGAGGGAGGGAGGGAAGAGGAGCGGAGCUCCGCCCGGAAGCUAGGUGAGUUUGGCAUCUGAGCCGAGGGACGUGAGCCUGCGACGCCGCUGCUGAUCCGGGCUGAGUGUCUCGCCUCUCUCCCUGAUGGGAUUCCCGUCCGCGCCGUCUCGAGCCUGCUGCGCCCCAGUCCUCGGCCCUCGCCCAGGUUCACUGCAGCCGUUCAGAGGUCCCCAGGAGCUGCUGCUGGCGAGCCCGCUUCUUCAGGGACCUAUGGAGCCAUUCCGUAGUGCCAUCCAGAGCAACGCACUGCCGCAGCUCCUCUGAGCCUUUCCAGCAAGUUUGUUCAAGAUUGGCUGUCAAGAAUCAUGGACUGUUAUUAUAUGCCUUGUUUUCUGUCAAGACACCAUGAUUCCUGGUAACCGAAUGCUGACGGUCGUUUUAUUAUGCCAAGUCCUGCUAGGAGGCGCGAGCCAUGCUAGUCUGAUACCUGAGACGGGGAAGAAAAAAGUCGCCGAGAUUCAGGGCCACGCGGGAGGACGCCACUCAGGGCAGAGCCAUGAGCUCCUUCGGGACUUCGAGGCUACACUCCUGCAGAUGUUCGGGCUGCGCCGCCGCCCGCAGCCUAGCAAGAGCGCAGUCAUCCCGGAUUACAUGCGGGAUCUUUACCGGCUCCAGUCUGGGGAGGAGGAGGAAGAACAGGUCCACAGCACGGGUCUGGUGUAUCCUGAGCGCCCCGCCAAUCUUAUCCAUUUUUCAAGACCCACCAAAAAUUUACUUCCUUCAUGA